AUGUCUGUUGCCAAGUUCCAGUCUCCAUCAUACAAGCUCUUCGAGUUGGAAAUCAACACGGGCAGAACUAUCAUAGUUGGUGAAGACGACGGGCUAGAUUCCCCAAACACUCUCGUCCUCAAACACGAAGAAGCUGUUCAAGCAGCCAACGGAGGGGGUCCACGGAGGGAUUCUCCAAGCUUUUUGGAAAUGGCAGCCUACAGUAAAGCUCAGUUGCCGGCGGUGCCAGGCUACGACACGGCACGGUACCAAGAUCCCACUUACGAUCAGUAUCCCGCGCAGAACUUUUCCGUGCAGCAGACAGAGAAAUUUGCGCAGCUGAAUCAGCAAUCAUUUGCGUCCAACAAUGCGGUUGCCCAAUACAUUCCCACGGGUCCUACGGUCUUGUCCUGUCAGCCAAUGUCGGGCAUGUUUGGAACAAAAGUUUAUAUGAAAGUAUCCUCACAUUAUGACUUGCUUUCCAUGUCGUCAGCAAUGCCGUAUUUUUCAGUUUGCUUUGGGUCCGAGAAGGUUCCUAUUCAGGACUUCGCCCGAGAUGCUCAAGAUACAACUGGCUACGUAUACUCGUGCAGUGUAGACGCUCCACAGCUUCUGGUCACGGGCUGCAACAGCAAUAACGUGCCUUUAUCAUUAAUUGUUGAAGGUGCAGCUGGAGAAGAGAUCUCGCGGACGGGCGCAGGGUCUUUUCAGUAUCUUGAAGGGUCUGGGGAUGAUAUCACGCGGACAAGCAAGCUGCCCAAGCAUGACACUACAGCAGCUGGACCUGAAGUGGAUCAGGCGAGUACCUCGCCAAAGACUGUUGAUGCGCAGUUGCCUCCCGAGUCGGCUACAAAUAGUUACGACUAUCCUUCACAGCAGAAUCAAUAUGCAAAUGCAUUUCCUCAAGGCAGCGGCGACAUGAUUACGACGUACAGAAGCAGCAGCUUUACAGAGCCACACUAUCGGCGGUCCGCCCCGUCCUGGAGCGGUUUUGGCGGGUCGUUGGGGAGCACAAGAAGCUCCCUGGAUCACUCAGCAAUGAGUGGUGGACGGCCGAGUUUGACGCCACUCCCGAUGCCUUCCUCAGCAGGCAGCGGGACCCCACAGCUUAUCCGGACGAGUACUAUUGCCAACGGUGCGAGCAGCAACGGAUCAUACCACCCUAUCUCGCUGUACUCCAGCAAGGCUGUUUUGAAAAUUAACGGAAAGCUGGAUAGCAUGGCCGAGAACUGGACACAAGAAGAAUGGGAUAAUCGACGCCGCAUCGUCAUGUUUCGUAAGUCGCAAACAGGUUCUACUUUGACAGCCAGCUUUCGAGCCGUUCCGGUCAACGAAAGGCCAGCAAACAGCAUUUGCGUGUCGUGUAUCUGGUGGGCAGAAAAAGCAGAAUGCUACGUCACGUCGGUUGACACUAUCCAUCUGCUCGAGCAGCUUGUUGCAUCGCCAAACCGCUUUAGCGUUGAGGAGAAGAACCGAAUUCGCCGCAACUUGGAAGGGUUCCAUCCCCUUACAGUGUCAAAGGCGAAGGCGGAUAGCGAAGAAUUUUUCAAAAUCAUCAUGGGUUUCCCCAACCCGAAGCCUCGAAACAUCGAAAAGGACGUCAAGGUGUUUCCGUGGAAGAUUCUCGAGCCGGCACUGAAGAAGAUCAUUGGAAAGUACAGCGCCAGUCCGAGCAGCACUCUCCCACCUAGCAGCAUGAUGACACCAGUGAGCACUGCACCAUAUGCCCCAUUGCCAACACCACCGGGUCACGGCAUGGCUUCGCAGCAAAGCCUUCCAUCUCAUCACGGCGACACGCAGAGCCAAUACUCGGUCCAUUCCAGCCAUCAUGACCCUAUUCCUUCACCCAGAUCGCUGUCAGGCUCACAGCCCACGUGGACACCGUACACAACGGCACCGGCAUACACGGCAUCAAGUCGCACCCUCAGCCCUACGAACAGGCAUGCAAGCCCACAGCAAGGUCACCAACAUGCGCCUCCGAUGCGCAUCAACACAAACCCGUUGCCGGCAGUGACCACGUAUGAUUCACGGACUGUAUCAACUACUGGUUAUAGUUCAAGUGGCUUACACACUCCGAUCAGUCAACACCCAUCGUCAACAGCGACACCGCCACGUUGGGACACUACAUCCGCAAACUACUCGGACAGUUAUCCCAGUUUAAGCUCGCAUCACCAGUCCGGCCCUCCAGUGUACAGCACCGGGGGUUAUGGAGAUGGAGCACCUCGAGCAUAA